UUUCGGCGUAGGGCGGCGGGAAGCUCAUCGAUGGGGCCACGAGCUGAGUGCGUUUAGUCACUCCGUCCCAUGUCCCUUGGGAAGGUCUGAGACUAGGGCCUAAAAGCGGCCCUAACAGGGCUCUCCCUGAGUUUCGGGGAGGUGAGUUCCCAGAGAACGGGGCUCCGCGCGAGGGCAGACUGGGCAGGAGAUGCCAUCGACCCCUCCCUUGCGGAGGGACUUGGCGGAUGCCUCCUUAGCCGGAGCUUGGAACAGACUCACGGCCAGCGAAGUGAGUUCAAUGGCUGAGGUGAGGUACCCUGUAUGGGGGCCUCAUAACCCAAUUCAGACUACUCUCCCCCCCGUCCUCUUUUAGGCUGUGGAAGCUACAAAAAUGCUAAUGAACUCGGAAGACCUGGUCAAGUGAGUAUUAGAAAAGGUGGAUGUCUUCUUCCAGUAUCUUUCCUGCUAAGCCUGUUAACUUGAAUAUUACGCUGAUGGUUGGAGAUGGAAUCCACUGAGGAAGGAAGGCCUAGGUCUUCAGCACCGUGUCUGCCAGCCCAGAAGCAACAGUGUGAAAGCCUCUGUAACAUCUGCUGCAGACCCCUAAAAAUCAAGGGGGAUUGGAUUUGGACAUCCUCAGUAGGAAUGGCUAAAUGCUGAUGGGAUCAUAAACAGAUGAUGCCAGAUAGUUGAUAAAUCCUAUAGCUCAACUUGAUUCCUAGAUACAAGCUGGAUUCAUUUGAUACCACAGAAAUGAAACUUCAGGAGACUAGGUUGGAGUCUCACUUCUUUCCCAGCCUGGAACUCUUGGGAGCUGUAAGUCCUGGAUAUACAAUAGAUAAUAAUAGCAUUUUUGUUUUAUGCAUGAAGGUAGAUGAUUCUUCAAAUUAAAGACGGACACUGACUUUUCUCACCAGAAAUGGUUUAUAGAAUCAACUUUCAAAAAUGUAAGAGGCAGCAAAAAAACAGAGUAAAAUAUUUUCUUCUAUUAUUCUUUGAUUGUUUGCUAGAUUGUAAACUCCAUGAAAGCAGGAUAACUUGCUUAUCUGUAAUGCCUGGCCCAGAAUAGAUACUCAAAAAAUAUUUGAAGUUAAUUAAAAUCUCCAUAGAAUUUUGUAUUUUUUAAUCCCUGGAAAAUAACAACCAUUUUAAUGGCAUUUCAGCAAGACAGUUACAUGGAAUAACUGGGACUUAAAUUUUGACUCUGAUGUAUAAACUAUCUGGAUACCAAUGAGUCUACUUAAUAUCUGAUUAUGAUGCUUGAUCCUUUAAGAGGCAAUGAAGAAUGGCUGCCAAAACAAACUGUGUAUGUGAGGAAUAGAUAUAUAAAAGCUUACUAAUAUUUAGUAGGAUAUCUUUUAUUAUGUACAUUUCAUUGGAAAUUUUUCAUUGAUUUAAAUUGCACAUACCACUCAGAUAUGAUUAAAAAGUCUUUGUUUGUUUGUUUGUUUGUUUGUUUUUGGCGGUACCGGGCCUCUCACUGUUGUGGCCUCUCCCGUUGUGGAGCACAGGCACCGGAUGCACAGGCUCAGCGGCCAUGGCCCACGGGCCCAGCCGCUCCGCGGCAUGUGGGAUCCUCCUGGACCGGGGCACGAACCCAUGUCCCCCGCAUAGGCAGGCGGACUCCCAACCACUGCGCCACCAGGGAAGCCCUGUUUGUUUUUUUUUGCUUUAUAUUUAAUGUUGAAAUAUUCUCAAUUGUUUUGGCUAAAUUAUACUUUACAGAUUUUUUUGCUCUAUAUUCCUUAUUUACAUCCAUGAGGGUAUAUUUAACAUGCAAGGGGUACAAAAUAUACAUCCAAAUAUUGGAAGUUUGGUAUACUUCACUGUGUUUUGGAAUGAAAUUUAAUACUUGUGCUUAUGCCAGAAUCACACAAAUGGUAUGCAACUAUAAUAACUUCUGUUAGAAUAUGAAACCUAUUCUUUAGAUUCUUCUAUUAAAACAAAUAUAAGUAUCAAAUUAGUUUUAGAGUAGAUGAUGCUGACAGAUUCAAAGAUAAUAAGGGGGGAAGAAUAUUAUCUCUGAAGCUCUUAGAGAAACAUGGUGCAUAAAUAAUAUAGCCAAUAUGUACUUAAAAUAUCUGAAUAAGAUCAAAAUCAAACUUCAUGGUAAAAAUACCAUUUUGAAAGGUAAAGUAACCUGCAGUUAAAUGGUAUAAGUGAUAUGUAAGCACAAAUUGUGCUUUCAGAGUUUAUCCAGGCUUCUUAGGAAGAAUGGAUUAAAGAUCUAUAAAUGAAAAGCAAAACUUUAAACCUGUAGAAAAGCAAAGACUAUGACACUGGAGUACACCUAAAGCACAAAAAGGAAAGAUCGAUAAAUUUGUAUACACUAAAAUUCAAACUUAUAUUUGCAUAUCAGGUAACUGACAAAGUCUCCAUUUAAAUCAAGAAAAUGAUCAAAGGAUAUGAAUGGACAAUUCAUAGAUGAGGAUCCCUGAGUAGUAAUUCACAUGAAAAGAUGCUUUACCUAACUAUUAAUAAAAGAUUUCCACAUUGAAACAACACUGAGAUACCAUUUCACUGCCAUCAGAUGGGCAAAAAUGAAAACAAAACAACCUUGACACUUAAACAUGUUGCCGAGGCUGGAGUAGUGGGCUCUCAUCUUUGCUGGUGGCAGUGAAAUUUAUGUUAUUACUUUAGAGAAUGGUUUGGCAACAUCUAGUUUAUUGGAAGAUGCUUAUACCUGCUCUUUGAGUAUUCUAUAAGAAUUCUUGACAUGUGUAUUCAAGGAGGCAUGUACAGAAAGUUCAUUGCAGUAGUAUUUUUAAUUGUAAAAGCCUGGAACUAAUAUCCAUUAGAAGAAUGAAUGAAUAAAUUGUGGUUUGUAGCAUUUGGCUAUUAAAAUGAAUUAAUACAAGGUAUGUGUAUUAGCUUUACAUCUCAAAAACAAUGAAUUAAAAUUAUGGCCAACUGAUAUUUGUUCUGUGAGAAGAUUUAGUAGUUUUAGAACAUGCAAGACAUUCACAGAAAGAUAGACAAGAUGAAAAGGCACAGAGCUAUGUACCAGAUGAAGGAACAAGAUAAAACCCCAGGAAAACAACUAAAUGAAGUGGAGAUAGGCAACCGUCCAGAAAAAGAAUUCAGAAUAAUAAUAGUGAAGGUGAUCCAGGACCUCGGAAACAGAAUGGAGGCAAAGAUCGAGAAGAUGCAAGAAAUGUGUAACAAAGAUCUAGAAGAAUUAAAGAACAAACAAACAGAGAUGAACAACACAAUGACUGAAAUGAAAAAUACACUAGAAGGAAUCAAUAGCAGAAUAACUGAGGCAGAAGAACAGAUAAGUGACCUGGAAGACAGAAAGGUGGAAUUCACUGCUGCAGAACAGAAUAAAGAAAAAAGAAUGAAAAGAAAUGAAGACAGCCUAAGAGACCUCUGGGACAACAUUAAAUGCAAAAACAUUUGCAUUAUAGGGGUCCCAGAAGGAGAAGAGAGAGAGAAAGGACCCAAGAAAAUAUUUGAAGAGAUUAUAGUCAAAAAUUUCCCUAACAUGGGAAAGGAAAUAGCCACCCAAGUCCAGGAAGCACAGAGAGUCCCAUACAGGAUAAACCCAAGGAGACACACACCGAGACACAUAGUAAUCAAACUGGCAAAAAUUAAAGACAAAGAAAAAUUAUUGAAAGCAGCAAGGGAAAAAUGACAAGUAACAUACAAGAGAACUCCCAUAAAGUUAACAGCUGAUUUCUCAGCAGAAACUCUACAAGCCAGAAGGGAGUGGCAUGAUAUACUUAAAGUGAUGAAAGAGAAGAACCUACAACCAAGCUUACUCUACCCAGCAGGGAUCUCAUUCAGAUUUGAUGGAGAAAUCAAAAGCUUUACAGACAAGCAAAAGCUAAGAGAAUUCAGCACCACCAAACCAGCUCUUCAACAAAUGCUAAAGGAAUUUCUCUAAGUGGGAAACACAAGAGAAGAAAAGGACCUACAAAAACAAACCCAAAACAAUUAAGAAAAUGGUCAUAGGAACACACAUAUCAAUAAUUACCUUAAAAAGGAAUGGAUUAAAUGCUCCAACCAAAAGACACAGGCUUGCUGAAUGAAUACAAAAACAAGACCCAUAUAUAUGCUGUCUACAAGAGACCAACAUCAGACCUAGGGACACAUAAAGACUGAAACUGAGGGGAUGGAAAAAGAUAUUCCAUGCAAAUGGAAAUCAAAAGAAAGCAGGAGUAGCAAUACUCAUAUCAGAUAAAAUAGACUUUAAAAUAAAGAAUGUUACAAGAGACAAGGAAGAACAUUACAUAAUGAUCAAGGGAUCAAUCCAAGAAAAAGAUAUAACAAUUAUAAAUAUAUAUGCACCCAACAUAGGAGCACCUCAAUAUAUAAGGCAACUGCUAAUAGCUAUAAAAGAGGAAAUCGACAGUAACACAAUAAUAGUGGGGGACUUUAACACCUCACUUACACCAAUGGACAGAUCAUCCAGACAAAAUUAAUAAGGGAACACAAACUUUAAAUGACACAAUAGACAAGAUAGGUUUAAUCGAAAUUUAUAGGACAUUCCAUCCAAAAACAGCAGAUUACACUUUCUUCUCAAGUGCGCAUGGAACAUUCUCCAUGAUAGAUCACAUCUUGGGUCACAAAUCAAGCCUUAGUGAAUUUAAGAAAAUUGAAAUCAUAUCACGCAUCUUUUCUGGCCACAACGCUAUGAGAUUAGAAAUCAAUUACAAGGAAAAAUACGUAAAAAACAUGAACACAUGGAGACUAAGCAAUAUGUUACUAAAUAACCAAGAGAUCACUGAAGAAAUCAAAGAGGAAAUCAAAAUAUACCUAGAGACAAAUGACAGCAAAAACAUGACAAUCAAAAACCUAUGGGACGUGGCAAAAGCAGUUCUAAGAGGGAAGUUUAUAGCUAUACAAGCCUACCUCAAGAAACAAGAAAAAUCUCAAACGAACAAUCUAACCUUACACCUAAAGGAACUAGAGAAAGAAGAACAAACAAAACCCAAAGUUAGCAGAAGGAAAGAAAUCAUAAAGAUCAGACCAGAAAUAAAAACAAAGAAAACAAUAGCAAGGAUCAAUAAAACUAAAAGCUUGUUCUUUGAGAAGAUAAACAAAAUUGAUAAACCAUUAGCUAGACUCAUCAAGAAAAAGAGGGAGAGGACUCAAAUCAAUAAAAUUAGAAAUGAAAAAGGUGAAGUUACAAUGGACACUGCAGAAAUACAAAGUAUCCUAAGAGACCACUACAAGCAACCCUAUGCCAAUAAAAUGGACAACUUGGAAGAAAUGGACAAAUUCUUAGAAACGUAUAACCUUCCAAGACUGAACCAGGAAGAAACAGAAAAUAUGAACAGACGAAUCACAAGUAAUGAAAUUGAAACUGUGAUUUAAAAUCUUCCAACAAACAAAAGUCCAGGACAAGAUGGCUUCACAGGUGAAUUCUAUCAAACACUUAGAGAAGAGCUAACACCCAUCCUUCUCAAACUCUUCCAAAAUGCUGCAGAGGAAGGAACACUCCCAAACUCAUUCUAUGAGACCACCAUCACCCUGAUACCAAAACCAGACAAAGAUACUACAAAAAAGAAAAUUACAGACCAAUAUCACUGAUGAAUAUAGAUGCAAAAAUUCUCAACAAAAUAUUAGCAAAUAGAAUCCAACAGCACAUUAAAAGGAUCAUACACCAUGAUCAAGUGGGAUUUAUCCCAGGGAUUCAAGGGUUCUUCAAUAUAUGUAAAUCAAUCAAUGUGAUACACCAUAUUAACAAUUUGAAGAAUAAAAAUGAUAUGGUCAUCUCAAUAGAUGCAGAAAAAGCUUUUGACAAAAUUCAACACCCAUUUAUGGUAAAAACUCUCCAGAAAGUGGGCAUAGAGGGAACUUACCUCAACAUAAUAAAGGCCAUGUACAGCAAACCCACAGCAAACAUCAUUCUCAAUGGUGAAAACCUGAAAGCAUUUCCUCUAAGAUCAGGAACAAGACAAGGAUGUCCACUCUUGCCACUAUUAUUCAACAUAGUUUUGGAAGUCCUAGCCACGGCAAUCAGAGAAGAAAAAGAAAUAAAAGGAAUACAAAUUGGGAAAGAAGAAGUAAAACUGUCACUGUUUGCAGAUGACAUGAUACUAUACAUACAGAAUCCUAAAGAUGCCACCAGAAAACUACUAGAGCUAGUUAACGAAUUUGGUAAAGUUGCAGGUUACAAAAUUAAUGCACAGAAAUCUCUUGCAUUCCUAUACACUAAUGAUGAAAAAUAUGAAAGAGAAAUUAAGGAAGCACUCCCAUUUACCAUUGCAACAAAAAGAAUAAAAUACCUAGGAAUAAACCUACCUAGGGAGACAAAAGACCUGUAUGCAGAAAACUAUAAGACACAGAUGAAAGAAAUUAAGGAUGAUACCAACAGAUGGAGAGAUAUACCAUGUUCUUGGAUUGGAAGAAUCAAUGUUGUGAAAAUGACUAUAGUACUCAAAGCAAUUUACAGAUUCAAUGCAAUCCCUAUCAAAUUACCAAUGGCAUUUUUUAUGGACCUAGAACAAAAAAUCUUAAAAUUUGUAUGGAGACACAAAAGACCCUGAAUAGCCAAAGCAGGGAAAAAAACAGAGCUGGAGGAAUCAGACUCCCUGACUUCAGAAUAUACUGCAAAGCUACAGUAAUCAAGAGAAUAUGGUACUGGCACAAAAACAGAAAUAUAGAUCAAUGGAACAAGACAGAAAGCCCAGAGAUAAACCCAUGCACCUAUGGUCAACUAAUAUGAAAAGGAGGCAAGGAUAUAUAAUGGAGAAAAGACAGUCUCUUCACUAAGUGGUGCUGGGAAAACUGGACAGCUACAUGUAAAAGAAUGAAAUUAGAACAUUCCCUAACACCAUACACAAAAAUAAACUCAAAAUGGAUUAGAGACCUAAAUGUAAGACCAGGCACUGUAAAACUCUUAGAGGAAAGCCUAGGAAGAACACUCUGACAUAAAUCACAGCAAGAUCUUUUUUGAUCCACCUCCUAGAGUAAUGGAAAUACAAACAAAAAUAAACAAAUGGGACAUAAUGAAACUUCAAAGCUUUUGCACAGCAAAGGAAACUAUAAACAAGACGAAAAGACAACCCUCAAAAUGGGAGAAAAUAUUUGCAAACGAAUCAACAAAGGAUUAAUCUCCAAAAUAUAUAAACAGCUCAUGCAGCUCAAUAUUAAAAAAAAAAACAACCCAGUGCAAAAAUGGGCAGAAGAACUAAAUAGACAUUUCUCCAAAGAAGACAUACAGAUGGCCAAGAAGCACAUGAAAAGCUGCUCCACAUCACUAAUUAUCAGAGAAAUGCAAAUCAAAACUACAAUGAGGUAUCACCUCACACUGGUUAGAAUGGGCAUCAUCAGAAAAUCUACAAACAACAAAUGCUGGAGAGGGUGUGGAGGAAAGCGAACCCUCCUGCACUGUUGGUGGGAAUGUAAAUUGAUACAGCCACUAUGGAGAACAGUAUGGAGGUUCCUUAAAAAACUAAAAAUAGAAUUACCAUAUGACCCAGCAAUCCCACUACUGGGCAUAUACCCAGAGAAAACCAUAAUUCAAAAAGACAUAUGCACCCCAAUGUUCAUUGCAGCACUAUUUACAAUAGCCAGGUCAUGGAAGCAACCUAAAUGCCCAUCGACAGAUGAAUGGAUAAAGAAGUUGUGGUACAUAUAUACAAUGGAAUAUUACUCAGCCAUAAAAAGGAACAAAAUUGGGUCAUUUGUAGAGACGUGGAUGGAUCUAGAGACUGUCAUACAGAGUGAAGUAAGUCAGAAAGAGAAAAACAAAUAUUGUAUAUUAACGCAUAUUUGUGGAACCUAGAAAAGUGGUACAGAUGAACCAGUUUGCCGGGCAGAAAUAGAGACACAGAUGCAGAGAACAAAUGUAUGGACACCAAGGGAGGAAAGUGGGGAGUGGGGGUGGUGGUGUGAUGAACUGGGCGGUUGGGAUUGACAUGUAUACACUGAUGUGUAUAAAAUGGAUGACUACUAAGAACCUGCUGCAUAAAAAAAUAAAUAAAAUAAAAUUCAAAUAAAAAGUAAAGAGGUGAAGAGGGAAGUGCCCAUCAUAUAGAGGGUGGGUCAGUCCCGAAAAUACAGGAAAAGGAGUGUCACAAGCAAAUGGCACCUGUGCCUAGUCUGGCACUCUUCAAGUGGGGGCACCUUGUCUGUUCGAUUUUAAGUAUCUUCAAUCCACUGGCCAUGUUAUUCCUAUGAUUAGUGUUAUGGCAUCAGGGUAUCAUCAGUGCCUUUUGUCACUGAACAGUUUAAUAAUUCCCUACAUGCCUCCCACAACAUUUCACAAUUCUGUGCUUCUUAUUAAAAUGUGAUAGGGAGACAAUAGACUGGUCAGCUUGAAAUAAAUAGUCUACACGGCAGUUACGGUGUUCACUGGAGAUUCUGAGAUGUAAGUUUACCCAUGUGAGAAAGAGCCACUCUCCAUGGGGCUCUGAAUACACAAGCUGACAAAAAGAAAAAAAGAAUAUGCACAACCAAGUUUGAUGUGCAUACAUAUAUUAAAAGUAUAAAAGCAUGCAUGAGAAUGAUAAACACCAAAAUCUGGCUAGUUUACCUCUGAAGAGGUAAGAGGAAAGUGGAUUGAGGUGUACACAGGGGAAGCUUCAACUGUAUCUGUAAUUUGUUACCUCAUUAAAAAUAUCAAAUGUGAGAAAGUUUUGGGUUUACUAAAGCUGAGUGGUGGUCAUUCUCCACCACUUUGAUAAGCUUGAUAUUUAAUAAUAAAAACCAAUAUUUUAAAGAGCUCUUUUUGGUCGAUGGGUCUCUGUAUCCCAGCCUUGAUUGACUUCAGUGGUCUCAUCCCCAGGAGCACCUUAGAAAUGAGCCAUUGAAGGUUUUGUCUGUCAUGAGAGAACAGGACACGUGUUUUGCUGAAAGCCUGCUUUCAGUUUUAAGGUUUGUUGGAUUCGUUGGCAAAAUAACCACUUGUUUCACAUAAAUAAACAGCUUUAAUCAAUUCUUUAAUGAAAGGUGAUUAAACUUAAUUUUAAUAUAGAGUCAUUAGAAGGAAAGGAAUAAGAAUAUUAGAGAAACAUAACAGGAUAUACAUCACCGAAUUGUGCCGACACCUACUUCCAGAUCCAAACAGCAGGUGGAAAGUCCCAAGUGA